AUGACGACAUAUGAGGCUCGGCGGUUGGAGAAUAUCAAGCGCAACGCGGCCUUGAUCCACGACCUGGAGCUUGAACAGCACAGCAUCGCACCAGCACCUCAGCCGCACAAGUCACGCCCGGUGAAGCGGCGUAAGUUAGAGACUGGACAGGCGACGCGCACUUCUAAACGCAUUGCCAACGCGUCUACGCGUCCAAACUACAACGAGGAUGCGCAAGACGCCCGAAAGAUCUCCGUGUUGCAGAAGGGAGCGACGGCACGGACAAGAAAGGCCCCCGAAACACAGGUGAAGUCGCCAACACCAGAAUCGGGCAAGGGAAAACUGGACUUGGACGCCAUCCGCGCUGGUUGGGUCUGCUGGACGCCCACGGAGCCGAUACCGACUCAGGAUGAGUUUGGCACAUACCAUUUCUCUUCUCACCCUGCCUUCACGCCCAAUAAGUCGCCCGAGGAAAUCAUACGCGAAGGCUGCUUUGGAGGCUCAUAUUGGCGACCCUUAUAUUCCAAGUAUUUGAGGACUACUGUGGAGGGUGAUUGGACGGAGCUGCCUGCACAGUGGUCGGCGAAUCUGGAUAUUGAACGGUACCUCACCAGCUCAACGUACGACCCGGAGGUGAACAAGUACGGUGUCGCCUGCGGCCAGUCCAUAGAGCAGUGGGAGGAUAAUGGCUGGAUAGCACACGACUAUGAUGUCAGAGGGUGGUUCCAAUGGUAUUGCAGGUUCUGGAUGGGCAGGAGAUGCGAGGAUGACGAGCGUCAAAUUUCUCGGUGGAAGAAGUGUGUCGGCGAGACUGGGCGGUGGAGGAGGACGCUCUUGAAGCAGUAUGUGCAGAAAGGGAUACGUAGCGUCUUUGACGAGGGAGAUGAAGAUCAAGACAGAGGCGAUGUGUCACCGGUUGUGAGCCAGACAUGCUUGCACUGGGCAUACGAAGUUAGACAGGAUGCCCUCGAUCGGUAUUGGGCCGAGGGGAAAUAA